AUGCCCUAUUUAUCUAACAGAACACAGCGAGUGGUAAUAAAUGGGAGCCAUUCGAUGGACUUUCCUUUGUUACACGGUGUCCCUCAGGGGUCCUAUUUGGGGCCAUUACUGUUUAUAUUAUAUUCCAGCAAGCUAUUUGAUGUCAUAAAGAACCAUCUUCCAGACGCCCACGCUUAUGUUGAUGACACUCAGCUGUACAUUUCUUUUAAGCCUGAUUCUACCGCUUGUGAAUUAGAAGCGGUAACUGCUUUGCAAAACUGCAUAGCCGAUAUUAAGACAUGGAUGACCGUGGACAAACUCAAGUUGAAUGAAGACAAAACUGAAUUUCUGAUAAUUGGAUCUCGUACACAACUGGAAAAGAUAAAGAUCACAGAGUUGAGAAUUGGUCAAGUAAUGGUUUUAUCGGUAUCCAAUGCUCGAAAUCUUGGAUCCUGGUUCGAUAACAUUUUGAGUAUGAAAACAGCAAUUAAUAAGACCUGUCAAUCUGUGAUCUAUCACCUACAUAACAUCAGGCGCAUUAAGAGAUUCUUAUGCUUUGAAGACAGGCUGUUGUUAUGUCAAGAAUGGUGUUUCGUCCGUGCAUCUGACUAAGCUUCAAAGAGUGCAGAAUGCUGCAGCCCGCUUGGUGUGUUCGGUUCCAAAACAUAAUCAAAUCACACCGUCGUUAAUAAGAUUACACUGGCUACCAGUUAAAUUUAGAAUAAAUUUCAAGAUUGCAAUGCUCACAUACAAAUGUAUAAACAGAACACAGCGUUGUACGAAGGCUGGUUAGCGCUGUCCACCGGACAGUGUAUUAAGUAAAAAUGCUUGAAAGGUACCGGGUGGCGCAAAAAAAAGUUCACGCGUUUGAUUUAGUACAGCGAAAAAACUAUAAGUGUUACGUUCCUCAAAUAAAUGUUAUCCUAUCCAGGAAGGUCUAACUUAAAUUUUGAUGUAUAACACAUGCAUUUUUGUUUAGUAUUACCCAAGAUAUUGGUAAAUCAAUUUGAAUAUGCAAUUUCAAAACGUUCCAAAAUUAGCUGAAAAUAGCCUAUUAAAUACGAGUAAAGGAAUUAACGAUAUAUGAAGAACACAACGGCAGUAAAUAACGAGUUUAUCAUGGAAAAUUAAAUAACUGUAUUCUUGCACGUGUGACCAUACUAUCGAACGAAUUAACGUUGGAUUUAUUUGCUGGUCAAAGUUAUGGCAAUCAGCAAUAAUCGCUUCACGAAGCUGUCUCAACUUGUUCGGUUGUUGAUCUAAUUUAAUUCCCUGUAGCUAUGGGACAUGGAAUACUGCGAAGCAAUUCUUAAUUAAAAGAGCCAUCUUUUUCGAAAUUUUGUUGCUUUUCAAAUGAUAAUAAAACAAAUAAAUAAAUAAGGAAAAUCAUUCGUUACACGUUUCAAUUCAAAUUAAAUUCAUACAAGCGAAUAUGUCUGACGAAAUUCUAAAAUUUAUCAAAACAGUUUAAUAGGCCAUUUUUAGCCAAUUUGUCAGAUUUUCAAAACUUCGUUUCAAAUUUUAUUUGGCGAUAUCUCAGUCAAUAUUGCACGUAAAUAAACAUGCUAUAGCUCAAAAUUUAAGUUAGACUAUCAUGAAUACAGCUACGUUUAUUUCAGGGAUGUAACCCUUAUAGAUUGUUCGCUGUACUAAAUCAAACAGUUAUACUUUUUUUUGCGCCACCCGGUAUAAAACUAAAUAUAUCAACCUCACAGUUAAUAAAACGAGUUUGUAAGUACUAAAGUUUAAUCUGGGUUAAAUCAAUCAACGGGCAAUUUUAGCGAAUUACUUGCAAGAAAUCGCCGCAGAAUUUCGGUGCCGAUGGCGCGUGUGGCUUGCAUGCAUGUUACUGUACCAGCAGAUGGAUGUCAUUAAUAGAUUUGUUAAAUACAGGUAAAUACCUCAUUUCAUGAGAAAAAUAAAGACGCGAUGUAAACAAUGUUUGGCUAACUGUUUUUGCAGGAAAAAAAAAAUCGAAAAAUCGUUCAUUUCACAUUUUACGAUCGAUCACGACGAUCAGCGGAUAGUGUGCAAGUAUAGGCACAUUUCAUUUAGGACAAACAUAAAAUGAUGAUAAACGAUACAAACAUUUUACCGAGAUUUUACCCUCUGAGCAUUCCGGGCCCCGGGUAUCCCCCCCCCCCCUGCGCCCCCUCUCGCUGGCCUUGAGUCUAUAUAAAAUUUACUCGUAUUUAUUCGACAUAACAGCCAUAUUUAUUGGUGUUUGUUGAAAAUUGCUUCAAUCCCUACUCCUACUCCUAUUCUAUUUGUAUUAUGUAUUUCAUAUUGAAGUAAUGGAAUAAUUGUACUCAUGCACUCAAAGUCUCGGAAAUUUUUCAUGCAUUUUAGAAAAACAAUAAUUCUUAAUAUUAGUGUUUAUUUAAAACAUUAGAUUCAAUAAUUGUUAAAUAUUACUUAAUAAUUAAGUAAUUAAAAUAUUCAUGGUUUCUGAUUAGCUAACAGCCAACUGUGAAAUCGUCAUAUCAAGUCAAUAGCUGACCAAAUAUGGAGUUUUAAACAUACAGUAAUAUUCAACGUUGUGACGUCAUAACGUUGAAUAUGGCGUCAUGCUGUGGAAAGACAAAUACGAAAUGUGGAUCGAAACAUGGCCAAAACAAUAUUGCCCCGCCUUCGGAUGUGUUCGCAGGUUUAAAGUGAACAACUUUCAAAAUAUAAAGAAGAAAUAUCAACGAAAACAGCAACGAAAGGUCUUCAAACAUCUUGGGCCUGUUUUAUAUGUCGAAUUUCGGUCGCGUCGAAUGCAAUUCAAACAAUAGAUAAUGAAGCUUAAUGAGGUUUAUCAUCUCAUUAUCUAUUGAAUAUUGUCUUAAUUGCAUUCGACACGACCAAAAUUGGACGUAUAAAACAAGCCUAAACGUACUUUAUAUGAAAGAAAAAAGGAGAGAAUUUCUGCAUGAUGGGAACACGAACUAGUACUGAUCAUUAUUUCGACGAAUUUAACCCACAGGUGCGGAUGUUAUUUUCAUCUUUUAAAUAAAAAAUAAUUAAAUAAAAAAAUUUCAAGCCCUCCCUCAGUUUGUGUUAUCAACCUCAACCUUCGUCUUCGCGGUUGAUAACACAAAAUUCGGGCUUGAUAUUUCUUUAUAUCUUGCGAAACCCAAUUCAUUAUUUCAAUUGAUAAUUGUUAAAUAUUGACCUGUCAGCUAGUUUGUCAUUCUUCUUCGAUGGUACUAAAAAGCCAAGAAUGCACUGUAGUUUGAUAUGCAAGCGAUAGCCAUAUAUAUAGUUAAUAACAGCCAUAUGGCAUAUAUAGUUAAUAUAAAUAAUAUCUGUUUUAGAAAUUUAUCUGAAAACAUAGAAUUACUAACUGACGGUAAACAAAACCGCAGGAUAUUAGUUCCGUUCUGUGGCAAAUCAUUGGACCUGUUAUGGUAAGCUAUAUACGAGGUUACAGAAUAUAUUCUUAUAUCACUGGGGCGGGUUGUACGAAGGCUGGUUAGCGCUGUCCACCGGACAGUGAAUUAAGUAAAAAUGCUUGAAAGGUAUAAAACUAAAUAUAUCAACCUCACAGUUAAUAAAACGAGUUUGUAAGUACUAAAGUUUAAUCUGGGUUAAAUCAAUCAACGAGCAAUUUUAGAGCUUGAAAGAAACACUGGUGGUUAGCGCUAUCCAGCCUUCGUAGAGCCAGCUCCAGAUCUUUAAAUCGUUGUUCUGAGACCGCCACACAUCUUGAUUCAGCAUUGUGAACCAAAUGAAAUUGUCAGACAGUGUUGUAUGAGUUAUAUAUAUUAUACACUGUAAACCACUGAAUUACUUAUAAUAAUGAUGUUGUACUUAAGUCUGCAUGCGAUUUUACAAGUCUAUAUUAAUGUUUAAUAUUCUUGCUAACCAUUUUUUUUAAAUCAUCUGACAAUUCACAGGUUGGUAAAACAAGGCCAUACAGUAAUAGGAAUUGAAAUUAUACAAAAAGCGAUUGACGAUUUCUUUAAAGAAAACAAUAUUGCGCACGUGAAAAAUACAAUUGAUGGAAAUGGCCAUUGUUACAUGGUAAAUUUAAGUACUUAAUAAUUAUAUAAAUUUAAUAUGCUUAUUUAUUUUGUAGACAUUGUACAGUUUUUUUGCACUCAACACCACUGAUCUGAAAUAAGGCUGGGCAACGCAUCUAUAGUAAGCAAAAGUGAAGCCGGAAUACAAGAAGAAUUUUGAGGAAAAAAUUUGGAGUAUUAUGUACUAUUUAAAACACGAGUAGGAGUGUUUUAUCAGAUAUAAAACGCGAGGCGCAGCCGAGCGUUUUAUGUCUGAUAAAACACGACAACUUUUUUUGAAUAGCUUAAAAUACGACUACAAAAGAAUACUAAUUAGAAUGAACAAUUAUAUUAUGGCACAUGCUUUAUCAGAUAUAAAGUCACUCCACGUGUCAUAUUAUGGCUGACAUGAUUUACCACAAGGUUUAUGAAUUAUUAAUGAGUAUUUUAAGGCUUUAUAACGCCGCGAAACGGGAUUUACAACUUUGAAGGAGUGGAGAGCCUGAGACUUUGUUUAUCAACACGAGCUCGUUUUGCUACUUUCAUACAAGAAUUAUUGUUACUGGACGAAUAUUCUCAGGAAUCGGUUCUUGCGAUAAUUACGAUUUAAUGGAAACAAAGCUUCAGAGAUACUCGGCUCGUUUUGAGGCUCUCCACUAGAUUUUUUACAAUCUUAAGUUGAAAAUUUAGCUUUUUCCUAUAUUUAGCAAAAUCACGAUUUUUGUUGCACUAAGUGUUUUCAAGGAUUUAAUCAUAAAUAAACUUUCUAAAGGUAUUUCUGAGUAGAAAAAUGCGUGAAAAAUAAAUUUUAAACCCACAGUGAGUUUAGGUUUUUAAUUUCAUCUGUCCAGGGAGUGAAAACAACUUGAAUCUUCGGAAAAAGUUAAAUUUGAUCAAUAUUUCGUCGUAGAAAUAAAUAAUUUAUAAUUGCCCGAUUUCAGUUUAAACUCUCUUAUCCAGGACAUUUUUCAAUAGCCUUUGAAUAAACGAACUUAAAUUCUUGCACACCCACGGUUGCUUCCCAAACGAGAAGCCCAAAAACUUGAUUUUGCUCAUUUUAAUAAUUUAAAACAAAAUUUUCGUUAGCGCCCGCAAUUUACUGACCAGCGACAGCAAAUUUCCGACUUGUUCUUGUACGUAUUACAUAGUGAUAGGGAAUCCGCAACAGCGUAAUUGCCAAGUACUGUGGGCCCGAAUAAAUAAAUUACAACAAUACACAUAUUAAACAACAAAGAACAGUAUACUAACAAUAUAACCAGAGAUUGUACUCGCGCAUGCGCAUAACGUCGAAAAACUGUCCGUGACAUAAACAAAAUGGAGGACAACUUUGCACUUCACUAUGUUUCACAUACCCGGAUACUAGAAAAUACAUGCAUGCAACAACCCCUCGCCUUUUGUAACAGAUGAAGUAUAAAAAUCCACACAAAGUAUUAAGACCAUUACAACAAACAUAAAAACACAACUGAUGCGCUAGCUUAAUGAAUGAAUGAACAUUAAAGUGAAUGUGCUUGCGUUAAAGUGCUUGCAUUAAAGUGAAGUAUCGAGUUAAGAACUUAAGAAUGGCCUGGCUUAAAAAUUUCGCUCGGGGAUAAUUAGCCGUGCGGAAUUAGUUGGCUCGGGAAGUAUGACAAUAGGGAGUUUAAGCUUCACGUUUCCGGGAACGGCAAACGGCAGGUUCGAACUUUCUUGGCAAAAUUUUUGUUGAACGUUUUCGUUUCAUAUUUUCUUUCUUGCGUCGAAGGAAUAAUUAUGCAUGUAUUUCAGUUUUAAAACAGCAAGUUCAUUUACUCUUUAUUGCCUGAUACCGUAAAAUAUUUCUUUGCCUGGCGUUCGCCGUUGGACGUAUAUAACGCGAAGCUUAAACUCUCCAAUAACGGCCAAUUUUCCCGCCAAUAUCUCGAAAAUAGAUAUUCCAAUUUUCAUUAAACGGCCAGGAAUUAUACAUACUAAACAAGACGCUCUAUGGAGCGUUAACUCGCUGGGGCUAUACAAAUAUGCACAUUACUGUAUAUAUGCAUGGUACAACAAUCAAAUGGCCAAUUGAUUCGAGUUGUCACCUGACUCUUGUUUCAAAGUCUUUAUACCUGUUCUUAUAAAAGCAUAAUUAUGUAGUAGAUACAGUUAUCGUACUGUUCUUUGUUGUUAAUUUGAGCCUGCUACUGUCAAAGGCAUGCCUCCUGCUUAAAUACUGCAUUUCUUGAAAUUCUGUGACAGUCUAAUUUUUCUUUACAUAAUAAUUGCUAUUACUUUUUUUAAUUGUAUUUUUGAAAAAUAAUUAAGGCAGGACUGUUAGAAAUGUACAAACCCACAUGCAGGCUUAUAUUAUUGGAUGGGUAUAUUAUUAAUGCAGUGACCUGGAUUCGAACAGCUCAGAUGAGUGACAAUUAAACCAACUUGUUUUAUGUAUAGAUUAUAAUAUACUGUAUGUUUAUAUUUCUUUUCGUUCACACUAUAGUUUACAAGUAGGAUAAAUGUUAUUACUAACAUCAAAUGUCAUCCGUAUAUAAGCUCCCAUGCUUAGCUUAUGGUAUGAAUAUAAGCCCAGGGCUUAUAUUCAUAUAGGUGUACCAUAGAACCCUGAAAUGUUAUGCUAUACUGGCUUACCCUGCAUGUAAAUAAUAAACAAUUUUCUAAUUAUAAUUUCAUAGUAAAACAAUGGCAGCAUGGCAAUUAUUUGACUAUUUCUAGGUAUACUUGGUUUUUGGGAAGAGAACAAUUCCAAUCUCAUGAGUAUAUAUAUGUUCUCAUAUUUUCCAUUUGGGGCUGGUUGUUCAAAAGCCGGAGCUUAACCCUGGGUUAACUUGAAAUUCACAGCAUAUACUUCAUGCCCAGCAGCUUGUUUAUAAACUUGGAAAUUUUUUUCAGAAAUCUUGUCUGGAUCAUCAGAAGUUUAAUUUUCUAAAUUUUUGAAAGAAACCGACGUACAGAUAUACAUAUAUGCAGCACUAUAUAAUCGUGCUGUGAACAACCGGCCCCAGAAGUAGAACUAAAAUUUCCCCAGUACCUGGAUUAAAGAUGCUUCUUGAAAGCGAUGGAUUGAUAUUGUUACAAAAGCGCCGUUUACACUACGCCCAAUUUUUGUACGGCACGGAUAAAAUUGGUACCCGUACCACUUGAACGUAGUGUAAACGGGGCUUAGCUAAGUAGGUAGUCCAAGAACCAAAAAAGUGGUACGGGUACCAAUUUUAUCCGUGCCGUACCAAAAAUUGAGCGUAGUGUAAACGGGGCUAAAGUCUUGCAUUGUGUUUCUGCCCUGGGGGUGGGGAUGUUUACAAAGAGUAGCCAUGGCGGCCGAGAGGGGAUGAAGCAUGCAGGUAUCCCGCGGAGUUGUACCCCCAGGGAUUGCCGAUGGUAGGUGCAUAUAUUAUGUAACAAAGGGUGGUCUUAUUUUGUUAGCCACAUAAGCAUUUCAAUUUAAACUGAAGUAGAAAUUCUAUAGUCCUUUGAAAGUAGUAUGAAAUUAUACUUUCAUGUUUACAAAUCAGGGUUUAAUUUCAACUUUCAAGUACCUUUCAUUUGGCAUUUUGACCUUAAAUUGCCACCAUGGGUUUCAUAGCAAAAUUGAAAAUUAUAUGCAAAAAUUCUUCCUUCUCUCAGACCUAGGCGAAUUCAGGAAAUAUAUAUACAUAAAUCUUCCAACUCUUUCACCUGUAUAGCUGCAUUGUGUCACGAUCACAUUAUAAUUUAAUAUCAUGCUUGACCUUCAAGCGGCGAAGUUCCACACAAGUAGUGAUGUUUAUAUUUCAUACAAUUGUUGCUGUGCAUCGCUAUCUUUGUAUUUCUGUCUUUGUCGAGCUAUAAGAUAUUUUUUUGACCAUAUAAACAUGAUUUAUUUGCAAUAUUGCCGUACAAAAAGCGGUUCAAAUAAAUAGCAGCUUUGGCUUUUUUAGUUUUUUAUUAAAAUUCUUGAAUUUUCUUACAAAAUUAGGGUUGUUUAUGGAGAAUUUGGGUAAAAAUUGGCAGGAGCCUUAUGGAUAAUUUGGGUAGCUUUGGCAGCUCAUUAAUAUUCUAUUUUGUGGCUAUCGACGACGAUUGGAGAUUGCCGAUCCGCGAAAAAUACAUGCCGAAACCUAUACUCGCCUGGGCACAGUGUGCUCCAGCGAGUAAUAAUAAGAACGACAGCAAAUAUCAUAUUCGUGAUGCUUGUGAUGCUACUCUGAGUGUAUAUCCACACCGCGGGUAAGCAUGAAAAAUAUGCCUGGCCACGAUGGCCUGGCCGCGGUGUGGAUAUACACUCAGAAUAGCAUCACAAGCAUCAUAUUCACCUGAGUACUAAUGUAUUGAGUACUAAGUACUAAUGUACACCAACAACUUGAUAUUAUUACCUUAACAGGCAAGGCUAUUUAUUUCUGACCAAUGGGGAUUUUGCGCACGAUUCGUACGCAUAAAUCCCCCUUUCUUUUAAUACUUCGGUAGAAGGUUCUAUUUCAGGCAUUGAGCCUGACACGCAGGCUAUCCCCUAAAGAGGUGAUGUAAUAAUGAAAAUUGACUUCGUUCGUCUGCAUUUUAGGCUUUCGAUGGGAAAUUAAAAAUAUUUGAUUGUGAUUACUUUAAGUUCAACAGGUAAUUCUUAGUUUCCUUUUCAGUUCUCCAUUUGGAUUUGUACUUUGGGAAAGUUAGUUUGCAAAAUUUGUUCCAAUGUUUAAGCAAACAGUAGUUAUUUUAAGGCUGGUAGCAUGACUAUAUGUUAAUGCUUGGGUAGAACAUUUCGAUAGCCAAUCAGUGAAACUGGGACAAUUUUGACGCAAACUACUUUUCCCGUGGCAGAAAGAAAUUGAAUGCAGGAUCUGAAUGUGAAAAACGUUAUUAAGUGAAAACCGAAGGACAUUUUUCUAUAAACCAUUUUUCCUUAUUUUCCUAUAGUUCACUUGCAGGUGGAAAGGUUGAUGCUAUCUGGGAUUGUAAUGCAUUAGGAGCAAUUUCCCCGCAUUAUUGGGCAGAGUAAGUUUCAGAAAAAGUACAUUAUCGGUACAUAUACACGGACGCAAGCCAAUGUAGUCAAAUAACGGUCGUGAACAUUUGGUAAAAUUUUACCAUAUAAAAUUUUCUUAAUUCAUAUGCAUUUUUAUAUGGUAAAUUUUGCCAAUAAAUCAUAUAAAGCUUUCAUGAUUUUAAUCCAUGCAUGUGCAUUUUUCGGAAUUUGUUUUAUUUUAUGAAUAGACCUUACCAAUUAUUCUCGUUUACCCAAUGGCCUCGUUUUCAUGUCAAAUACGUACUCAUGUUUGGUGCUUAGUAGGAUUGAAAAUUACUUUGUUAUUGAGCCUAAGAACAACAAGAAACAACUUUGUCCAGGAAAACAUGGGAAUAUAAUCUUUAUCUGCCCCUGACAUGCCAGAAUAAUAACAUGGAAACGAGACCAUUGGGUAAAAGAGAAUAAUCGGUAAGGUCUAUUAAAACUUGGUAUGAUUGCUUUGAUCUUGUAGAUAUCUACAUAUUUCACUGGAAAUUCUUGACGUUCGACAUGGUCGUAUUUUACUGCAAGCAUGCCUUUAUGAUCAAGAUGAGUUUCCAGGUCUGACUUAUUUUGUAGUAUUUCAAAAUCGAAAAUGAAUUCAAGCUUGAACAAUCAGUAUCAAUACGCAUGAGGACAUGAAAUAUAAUUUAGUUUGUUGGGAGCUAUAGGGUCUGCAUGCAUGGUAACUUGUAAACAAUUUGAGCAUAACUAUUCACGAAAUUUUAUUAAAAUUCGUUUGUUGAAAUUGUAGGCACGACAGGCCUCGUUAUCAAACGAAUUUUUACACGCGAAAACGAGAUCAAUAAAUGCGGAUUCAUUCUAAACUUUCCACAUCUAGGCCUAUAGAGUAUAGAUGUAAGCAUUUCCUUGAUGAAUUUUACGAGUUUCUUUUAUUGAACAAAUUAUUUUUAACGUUUUGGCCUCAAGAUGUUUAUCUUACUUUUCGUCAAAUUAAAAUACUACUAACAAUGUUACGCAAUCGAGCAUAUUUAAUUGCACGCCUUAAAUGUCUGAUGUCAGCUGAGGUGAGAUGGCUUCAGUUGAUAUUAGCAACGUAUUAAUAUGGUAGAGCGUUGUAUAUAUUACAUUAAGACGGGAUAAAUCUAUAAUAAGUGGAAAUAAUUUGUUUCUUUGUAGGUCCUCCAUAUUCUGUUCCAAAGGAAGAACUAAGCCGUCUACUUGGUAAUUUGACUGUAUACAUGCAGUGUUCACGAAAAUUUAUUUUAAUCACUUUAACUUUGCCCUACGUUUGUUUUUUAUUGUUGUUUUGGGUUUUGCUGUGGGAAAGUUCAUUUGAAUGUUGCAAAAUUCCUUCUGGAGUUCUCAGUUAUAAUAACAACUAUGCAGAUGAUUUAUAUAGACAGAACAUUUUAUAAUGGCCAAUCACUGGAACAAUUUCUAUGCGAACUUUGCAAUCCCCUCUUCGUAGCAUAAUUUAUGAUAUAAUUAUGGAAACAAGUAUUUAUCUCUUGGCAGGUGACUCAUACGAGUUAGAAUUAUUGAACAGGAAACCAGCGGAGGAGCUGCGUGCACGUUUUGGUCUUUCAUGGGUUUACGAAACGCUUACUAGUAUAAAGAAUAAGUCGUGA